CUGGGACUGUGCGGACCCCGGGAAGGCGGACAUGGACGGUCAGACGUGUUCCAGGCCGUGCCAUGAGGGGAAGACCAAGGUCCCGGACCGGGUGACCCUGAAGAAGGAGAUUGGGCUACUGAGCGCGUGCACCAUCAUCAUAGGGAACAUCAUCGGCUCGGGCAUCUUCAUCUCUCCCAAAGGUGUCCUGGAGCAUUCGGGCUCGGUGGGCCUGGCGCUCCUCGUCUGGCUGCUGGGAGGAUGCAUCGCCGCCCUGGGCUCCUUAUGCUACGCCGAACUGGGCGUGACCAUCCCCAAGUCGGGCGGCGACUACGCCUACGUCACAGAAAUAUUCGGCGGUCUCAUGGGGUUCCUGCUGCUGUGGAGCGCCGUGCUCAUCAUGUAUCCCACCACGCUGGCAGUCAUCGCGCUCACCUUCUCCAACUAUGUGCUGCAGCCCGUCUUCCCCGAGUGCGCGCCGCCUUACGUGGCCACGCGCAUGCUGUCGGCCACCUGCCUCCUGCUGCUGACGUGGGUGAACUGCUCCAGUGUGCGCAUGGCCACCAGGAUCCAGGACAUCUUCACCGUGGGCAAGCUGAUGGCUCUGGGCCUCAUCAUCGUGGUGGGCCUGGUCCAGAUCUUCAACGGAAACUUUGAGGCGCUGAGCCCUCAGGUGAUCUUCUCCCUGGACAGGACCCCUUCCGUGGGUCAGAUGGCUCUGGCCUUCCUGCAGGCCUCCUUCGCCUUCAGCGGCUGGAACUUCCUCAACUACGUGACGGAAGAGGUGGUGGACCCCAGAAGGAAUCUACCUCGCGCCAUCUACAUCUCCAUCCCUCUGGUGACGUUGGUGUACACGCUGACCAACCUGGCCUACUUCUCGUCCAUGUCCCCCGAGGAGCUGCUCUCCUCCAACGCCGUGGCUGUGACAUUCGGAGAGAAGCUCCUGGGAAUGUUCUCCGUCAUCAUGCCCAUCUCCGUUGCUUUGUCAACCUUCGGCGGUAUCAACGGCUAUCUGUUCACCUCCUCCAGGUUGUGCUUCUCCGGCGCCAGGGAGGGUCACCUUCCAAGCUUCCUGGCCAUGAUCCACGUCAAGAAGUGCACACCCAUCCCUGCCCUGCUGGUCUGCUGCACGGCCACCAUGGUGAUCCUCUGCAUCGGCGAGACGCACAACCUCAUCAACUACGUGUCCUUCAUCAACUACCUGUCGUACGGCGUCACCAUCGCCGGCCUGCUCUUCUACCGCUGGAGGAAGCCCGCCCUGUACCGACCUAUCAAGGUCAGGCUGCUGGUGCCCGUGUGCUACCUGAUGUUCUGGGCGCUGCUGCUGGGUUUCAGUCUGUACUCGGAGCCGCUGGUGUGCGGCGUGGGCCUGGUCAUCAUGCUCACCGGCGUGCCCGUCUACUUCCUGGGCGUCCACUGGAGGAGGAAACCAAAGUGUGUCGACACCUUCAUCGAGACGGCGACCUCCGUGGGCCAGAGGCUGUGUUUCGUGGUCUUCCCUCAGUUUGACCCCAUUGAGGUCGUCGACCCUUCUGAGGCAUCGUCCGCCAGAUCUUAAAAAAAUCAAACUUCCGUGGUGCUCUUCACUGCUGACCUAUGUGACCUUUGACAUUUUUGGACUGGCCAACAGGACGCGUUAUCUUGCGCACAGACUGUUUGUCUCUCGAAAGCACAAUUUGUUAGUGUCUCCUCUGCAA